UCUGAUACCGGUGUUGAUGAACAUGGCGGCGUUCAAGAGGAAACGUGGGGGACAAGGUUCUGCUCCGAAAAAAGCAAAGAAAGUCAAAUUUGUGGCAGAUGAAGACGAAAUACAGACCGAAAACCUGGACAUAAAGAAUGAAGUUACUGUCCCUGCGCCUGUCUCUAUGGGCAAAUGGACCAACAAGGAAAGAGUUUUGAUUUUCUCGUCUAGGGGUAUCAACUUCAGGACAAGGCAUCUGAUGCAGGAUCUUAGGACUUUAAUGCCUCAUUCAAAAGCAGAUACUAAAAUGGACAGAAAGGAUAAACUGUUUGUAAUCAAUGAGGUUUGUGAAAUCAAAAAUUGCAACAAAUGCCUAUUUUUCGAGGCAAAGAAAAAGCAAGAUCUUUAUUUGUGGGUUUCAAACAGUCCUCAUGGGCCUUCUGCUAAAUUUCUUGUUCAGAAUAUUCACACUCUGGCAGAACUCAAAAUGACUGGAAACUGCCUAAAAGGAUCUCGGCCGUUGCUGUCUUUCGAUCCUAAAUUUGACAGGGAACCCCACUAUGCAUUAUUGAAGGAGCUCUUUAUCCAGACAUUCUCUACUCCUCGGUAUCAUCCCAAGAGUCAGCCCUUUGUGGAUCAUGUCAUCACAUUUACCAUCGCAGAUAACAGGAUCUGGUUUAGAAACUAUCAGAUUAUUGAGGAGGAUGCUUCUCUGGUGGAAAUAGGCCCUCGGUUUGUUCUGAACCUAAUCAAGAUCUUUCAGGGAAGUUUUGGGGGACCCACUCUUUUUGAAAAUGAUAACUUCCAGUCUCCUAAUAUGCAUCGAAGACAGUUGCGACUGGCAGCAGCAGCCAAAGUCCGUGAAAAGCAGAUGGUGAAAGAGAUUCAGAAAAUGAAAAGGACUGAAGCAAAGGAGGAUGUUACAAAAGAUGUUACAGCUGAUGUGUUUCUAACUCCGGCUGAUGACAAGCCAGUUCAAAUAGAGUCAGAAGCACCACAACCCAAGGCUGUUAAGAAGAACAAACAGAAAGUCUUUAAGAGACAGAGGAUGCAGAUGGCUCGUCGGUAAAUCAAAGGAUUUUCCAAAUGCCAGUGUCAGUCAGGUCUGCUGCUUUUACUGUGGACUAAUCAUCUUUCUUGAAAAGAGAACAUGCAAAUGUAUCUCUUUAAUGUUUCCCUUGGAUAAAAGAAUAAAACCAAUUUUUUUUUCAAGUGCAACUACACAAAUUAAGAUGGACAAGUUUUA